UUCUCGAGUGUACUUCAUUUCCCAUGAGCAGCAGCGCCAUCUGUGUGUCACAUGACCCUCCCACCCUAACGUCACCAACCGCCAACAUGGCCGCCGCCGUCUCCAGCGAAGAUUUCAACACCUUGCAGCUCCUCCUGAAGGCUCCAUCUAAAGACGCAGUGAGGGACGUUUGCAUUCAGAGUCACAGAGGUCCCAGUCGCCGGCUAGCAGAGACCACAUCCUCCACGCUGAGCAUCCCUGCAGCCCAGGCUGCACAGCUGGUUCAGUCUCUCCACCGUCUGUCUCAUCACGUCCUCUUCAACAACCUCAGCUCCCCCGAGCAGAUCCUUGCUCUCUUCCCCGAGUCGUUCCACACCAGUCUGAAGAACCUGAUCACCAAGAUCCUGCUGGAGAACAGUCCAACAUGGAGGACAGACGCUCUCAGUGAUCAGAUCUCUCUCCCCCAGCUGAAGGAGUUGGACUGGAGAGUCGACUUGGUGACCGGUUCAGACUCAGUCAGUCGCAUGUCCGUCCCGACCUGCCUGGUUCAGCUCAAGAUGGAGGAUCCGUGUCCGGCGGCAGGCGGGAAGUCCAUUUCCACGGUGACGGUGGAGCUGGGCCGGGAGUCUCUGGACACCAUACUGGACGGACUGGGACGCAUCAGAGACCAGCUGUCUGUGGUCGCCGGGAAAUGAAAGGACCGCUGAUUGGCUUGUUGGUGUAAUGACAUCACAGCUGGACACUUUUUACAGACUCUCGCUGAUAGUUUUGGUGCCAACGUUAAAUAUCUUCAUGUUUGAGCAACUUCAUGCAACAAAAUUUAGAUUAGUUGUUGUUUUCUCCUGAAAACUCUGAACUAAUAAGUUAAUUCAUCAGUAGAUUUACACAAAAGCAAACAUUUUAGAUUUUUACAACUGAUGUUUCGUUAGUAGGUAAAAAGACAAAACAUUUGGACGUUAAAUCUGCAAAAAAAGUUAAUAUGUUGGUGGACGUUUGUCAUUAUGUUGACAUUUUGUACAUUGAAUUAUGGAUUAUUUUGUGUGGAACCAAAUUAAAUUUUCCAUUACAGUA